UUUUUCUCGCCUCUUUUUUUAUUGUUGUUGUUGUUGUCUUCUUUUCGUCUGAUUUUGUAUAAUUCUUUUGCUUCUUCCAUUUCAUCUGUACAGUGAAGCAAGAGGCAACUCCGCUCUUUAUUUGCUUUUGCCCCUGGACAUCGGGAUUUCUGUCCCCCCUCGUCCUAUAAACUUCUCCUGAGCCACCGCUCCUUUCGAAACAAAACCCUCUUUUCUCCCCUCCUCCUUCUCCUCCUCCAUAACCCCCUCCGUGUCUUCUUCCCCCAUACUCUUCUCUCUCGGGGAUUUCCUCGCUCGUUUCUUUAUUUCCUAAUUAUCUUGUCUUUCUCUCCCCCAUUUAUUCUUUGGGGAGAUUCUUAACGAUGGACCCCAACGGCAAUAACAAUCGUCUCCACCUGAAUUUCGGGUACAAUGAGCGUGCAUUCAAUCCGGCCGCGAUGAACAACCGCGCCUAUCCUACAACGCCUUCCGCUUUCCCCCAGCCGAUUUAUCAGAAUCAGGGUCCGCAGGAUUACGUGGAUACCCAAAAUGGCGCGUAUGGUGGACAAGGAUACUUCAUGACCAACCCGUACCCGCCGCAGACGCCGCAGUACGCCCAGGCACCUUACGGCCAGCAGAUGGCGUCUCCUCAGCAGCCUACCUACCAGAAUCGUGUGCCGUUCAACGAUGGAACCAAUGGAUUGAUCCAGCAGUUUUCGAACCAGGACCUGAAUUCGCCUCGUGGGGGGUUCUUUAAUCGCAAUGCUUCGCCGGGACAGCGGCCCCGGACGGCAGGCUCUUCUGCUCCCGGCCAGCAGCAGCAGCAGCAGCCACACCUGGUUCCUCCCAUGCCUCGCAGCCCCCGGACGCCCGCCGAUAAUGAGGAACUCCAACGCAACCCCGAGCGAAUUUCAGAAAAUGUUCACAAGCGUGGAAAAGCUGCCAAGGAGCUGGUCAAUGUGUUUUUCCAUGAGAACAUUGAACGUGCACGGGACCGUAACAUGCGUUCCGCGGACCUGGACAAGCUUAUUCGUGACCCCGCCGUGCCCAAGGAGAAGAAAUGUCAAGACACUGGAGCCGUUUCCAUAAGGGAAUCCAACUUCCUUCGAUUCCUCCGGACCAAGGAAACCCCGAACAACUUCCAGACAAUCAAGGUUAUCGGAAAGGGUGCAUUUGGUGAGGUCAAGCUGGUGCAGCGGAAGACCGAUGGCAAGAUCUACGCUCUCAAGUCUCUCAUCAAGACUGAGAUGUUCAAGAAGGACCAAUUGGCCCACGUCCGUGCGGAGCGUGACAUUCUUGCCGACUCCAAGGACAACCCGUGGCUGGUCAAGCUGCACGCCUCGUUCCAAGACACCGCUUACCUUUACCUGCUGAUGGAAUUCUUGCCUGGUGGUGAUUUGAUGACCAUGCUGAUCAAGUAUGAAAUCUUCUCGGAGGACAUUACACGAUUCUACAUGGCGGAAGUGAUAAUGGCUAUCGAGGCUGUUCACAAGCUUGGUUUCCUGCAUCGUGAUAUCAAGCCUGACAACAUCCUCCUUGACCGUGGUGGUCACGUUAAGCUCACGGAUUUCGGUCUUUCUACCGGUGGCAAGAAGACGCAUGACAACUCGUACUACCAGAACCUCCUCAAGAACUCGACGUCCAAGGACAAGAACCGCAACUCGGGAUACUUUAACGACGCAAUCAACUUGACCGUGUCAAACCGUGGACAGAUCAACACCUGGAGGAAGUCUCGCCGUGCCAUGGCGUACUCGACCGUCGGAACACCAGACUACAUUGCUCCCGAAAUCUUCAACGGCCAAGGGUACACCUACCUGUGCGAUUGGUGGUCAGUUGGUGCCAUUAUGUUCGAGUGUCUCGUUGGAUGGCCACCAUUCUGCGCCGAGGACACUACCGAUACCUACCGUAAGAUUGUGAACUGGCGGGAGUGUCUUUACUUCCCUGAGGAACUUACUCUGUCUCGUGAAUCCGAACAUCUCAUUCGAAGUUUCCUGUGUGACCCUGAACACCGUGUUGGUAGCGAAGGUGGCCAAUAUGGCGGUGCCUCACAGAUCAAGAACCACCCCUUCUUCCGCGGAGUGGUCUGGGACCAACUUCGCAACAUCCGCGCUCCGUUCGAGCCAAGACUCAGCUCGAACAUCGAUGUCUCGUACUUCCCCAUUGACGAGAUUCCACAAGAAGACACCAGUGCCAUCCACCGUGCUCAGGCUCGCGCUAUGCCGGAUGAGCAAGAAGCGGAGAUGAGCCUGCCGUUCAUCGGAUACACGUACAAAGCAUUCAACGCCUUCCAGGGCAACUGAACAUAAAGCCGAUUUCCGAGUUUAUAGACCGACCACGAACAUUUGUCUUUUUAUUUUCGUCUUGAUUCCCCGGGGAGCCUGAACGCAGGCAGUUGAAACUGGUUGAUUGUUGAUGUCAUUGAGCAUAUAGCGCAUUCUAUUUCCUUGUGAUAAUGACCUGUGCAUAUUCCCAUUCCUGAUUUCGUCUUUUGCAUAUAUGAUGCCUACAUCUGUUGUUUUGGCAAAAGACUACAUACGAGUGCAUUGUUGAUUUGGACAUCAAGAUUUGUGACAUAUCUAAGUACAGACCUUAUGAAUCGUGCAGAGCACUACAUGAAUGCAGUAUAGUCAUGUACCGG